AUGAGUCCCACCUUGCAUUCGAUCGAGGCGGACCUACGAGUAACUACAUACUGCUGGCAUGCUCCAUCACUAAUAUCCACCAUUAAACUGGUGGCUCAUAAAAAGGAAAGUCACGUGCCUCAGAAUGACCUUGGUUCUGUGGAAGUCUACUCGCCGGAAGUAAUCAUGUGGAUUAGGAAAGGGGAUACAACGAAAUUUCCUCCAGAGAGUGAAGAUGCACUUAUACAGGUAGUGUAUGGUGAUGUAAUCAAAACUUUCCGGAUGCGCGGAUCGGCAAAGUACCAGCAUCUGGAUCCACCUUCUCCAAUUAGACCAGGUGGGACAUACAAAUACAGCCACACAAGUGCGAUAUCUCAUAGCCUCCCUAAGGCUAGUUCAUCACCCUUCCGUGACUGCUCAAGUUUCAAGACUGAACCGUUCUAUUUUAUACAAAGCCAACUCUACCUCAACCAUUUCUAUAGACGAUUUGUUUACAUUUAUCCAUGGACUUGUUGA